AAUUUACUUCGCAAAUAAUAGUAUAGAUCCACAUGACCAAAUAAUGAAAUUUAUAAUUUAGCGACAACAAAAAAGGUAUAUAUAUAUAUAUAAAGUUGUAUUUAUGUACACAUGUAAAGUAAAUAAACGCUUUGUAUAGAAGGAACUUUGCAGAUUAGUCACAUGCAAAGUUUAUCAAAGAUUUACACCCCAAACAAAAAAGUUUAUCAAAGAUGUCGAGGGUCUUCCUUAUCCGGUACAUGACAAUAAAAGCACCUUAAAACUUUUUUUAGGCGGCCAAAAAUUUAAUGGGCCCAAUUAAGACCCAAAUUUCACUUAUAGGGCCAUUUAUUUUGUAAGUGACAGAGAAAAAAGAGACGUGAAGAAGAAGAGGAGAAUGGGAAGGAUAUUUACGGUGGAACUUGAGGGAAGAUCUUACAGAUGCAGGUUUUGCAGAACCCAUCUUGCUCUUCCCAAUGAUCUUAUUUCCAAGUCUUUCCAUUGCCGGAGAGAAAAGGCUUACCUCUUCAAUCGUUCAGUGAACAUAAGUAUGGGUCCUUUAGAGGAAAGGAUGAUGCUUUCGGGUAUGCAUACCGUUGCUGAUAUUUUCUGCUGUUGCUGCGGACAGAAUGUUGGCUGGAAAUAUGAAUCAGCGCAUGAGAAAGAUCAGAAAUAUAAAGAAGGCAAAUUUGUUCUGGAAAGAGGAAGGAUCAUGGAUGAAACAUCAACAGAGGUUUGCAUCGAUACUCGAAGCGACACAGAAGAUUCUUAAAAUGUCAGCUUUAGAUUCUUCCCUCGCCCUCCUUUUUUUUUGUUGUGUGGAAUAGUGUGUUUGUUAAGAUCAGAGCUUGUUACUUGUGUAGAUAUCUGUAACAUGAGUUUUGUAGAAGAUACAUGUCAUGGAGCUUUCUGUAUUGUGUAAUAUCUCAACUUCAUGGUCUCUUGGUUUUUACUUGCGUAGAGAAAACAUAUCCAACAUCUUGUAUAAGUGUUUUCAUCAGUUCAAUUAAAUUGUAGUUGUUUUUCUAGUA